GGUAAAACUCAAUAAGUUGUGUUUAGUCUCAAAAGUCACAUCGAAUAAUGAUCGAAAAUUCAUUAACCAAGUUCACCACAAUCUGUGUGUGUUCAAAUAGAACUCGAAACAAAAAUGGAGGUUCCAUCUUCCUACAACAUUCUUGUUGUAUCCUUGUUUGUCUUCCUAUUUCCUCGGCCAAAUCACUGCCAACAAGCACACCUAAACGACACCGGCUUCAACUGCUCUAGCAACGCCGCUAUAUCAAAAGGAUACCUCUGUGAUGGCCAUGUGAAGUCAUGCAACUCUUUUGUCACUUUCAGGUCCCGAGCACCCUACGACACCCCGAUCAACAUCGCCUAUCUCCUUGGCUCUGACGCCUCCGAGAUCUAUUCAGUUAACAACAUCUCAUCAGAUGACAAGAUUCCUACCAACAAAUUGAUAGUAGCUCCGAUUUCUUGCACGUGUUCCGGCAAUAUCUACGAGCAUCUGACUACUUACACCGUGAAAAAAUCCGAAACUUAUUAUAUCACAGCCCAAGAGACCUACCAAGGCCUGACUACAUGUCAGGCAAUGAUAUAUCGGAACUACUAUGACCCCGAGAAUAUCCCGAUAGGAUCGCAGUUAAUGGUCCCGGUGAGAUGCGCCUGUCCUAGUCCCAACCAAACAGCAAGCGGGGUGACGACCUUGUUGACAUAUUUGGUCGACAAAGGUGAGACAUUUGCAUCUAUUGGGAAGAGGUUUGGGGUAAACAGACAGAGCAUACUAGAGGCAAAUAUGUUGUCUCGGGAAAAUAGUACUAUCUUGCCUUCUAGACCUAUAUUGGUUCCAUUGAAAAGAGAGACUUGUUCUGUAUAUCCUGAGAUGUUCUUCUGUAAAUGUCGCAAUGGUUAUCUUACAGAUGAGAGCUCUGAAGGUUUCCAUUGCAUUUCUGAUGAUGGGAAAAGCAUUCCAGUCAAGUUGGUUACUUUGUUAGGUAUUGGCAUUGGAUUUGCACUUUUGUGUCUGUUCCUUUCUGGUUACUUCUUGUAUCAAUGCUUAAAGAAAAGGAGAAUGAGAAUCCGCAAGGAGAGGCUCUUCAAGCAAAAUGGCGGUUUAUUGUUGCAAGAAAAAUUGUCGUCUUUAGGGAACGGUGAGAAAGCAAAGCUGUUUACUUCAGAGGAGCUGCAAAGAGCAACAGAUAACUACAACCAAAGUCGCUUUCUUGGUGAAGGAGGCUACGGAACAGUUUAUAAAGGGAUGCUAACUGACGGCAGCAUUGUUGCCAUUAAGAAGUCGAGAGCAAUCGACAGAAAACAGAUUGAACAAUUUGUAAAUGAAGUCGCCAUUUUAUCACGAAUUAAUCAUCGAAACAUUGUGAAACUAUUAGGUUGUUGCUUGGAAACCGAAACUCCAAUGCUUGUUUACGAGUUCAUCCCAAAUGGAACUCUCUUUCAUCAAAUCCACAACAAAGACCCCGAAUCAUCGCUUUCAUGGGAGAACAGAUUAAGCAUUGCUAGUGAUGUUGCAGAAGCUUUAGCAUACAUGCAUUCUUCAGCUUCAAUGCCUAUCUUUCACAGGGACAUCAAAUCUUCCAACAUACUCUUGGAUGAGAAGUACAAUGCAAAAGUGUCCGAUUUUGGGACUUCAAGAUCAGUCCCAGACGACAGAACUCACUUAACUACAGCAGUGCAGGGAACUUUCGGGUACAUGGAUCCUGAGUACUUCCGUUCAAGCAAAUUCACAGAUAAAAGCGACGUCUAUAGCUACGGAGUUACUCUUGUAGAACUUCUAACGGGCGAAAACCCAUUUUCGUUUGCGAAAGAUGAAGCCAAAAAUCUGGUUACGACUUUCAUCUCAUUGACAGGAGAAAAUCAGCUUUUCCAAAUUAUAGACCCCAGAGUGGCAAGUGAGGCAAGGAAGGAGGACAUUCGGGCUAUUGCAGAGCUGGCAACGAGAUGUUUGAAGUUGAAUGGGAAGAAGAGACCCACAAUGAGAGAAGUAUAUUUGGAGCUAGAAGGCGUGAGAAAGAGCCAAAGAAAAUUGUAAAUCAGCCAA